CUGUUACGCAUGCAACGAAUUCUUGCACCGGCAACUACAGUGUGUGCCUCGAAUAACCAAUUUCUGUGGUGAAGCUUCGAAAGUCAGCCACGUCCGAGAGACUCGAGUCGACGAUUUUGUUUCGGUCAAUUGAUACAGCAACACGGUUGGCCGAGCCGGAGGCCGACGUUCACCCGACCACGAUAAAUCUGGAUACCAAACCCCGCGCGCAUAGUCAUGUGAUUCCCUCUACGAAGGGGCAGAUCUCAAAAAAUUCGGUUGUGAAUAAAUCCCUCUUCGAAGGCACCCGUCACAGGCCUCUUAGUACUUCCGGUCGCGCCGGGUGAUGAGCUCAGGAUACGAGGUGACAAGUCCCCGCAGAAAAUGUUCCGCUUCAAGAUUCGCAUUCACACGUGUCAAGUGAUACUGCUCACGUCACUGGUAUGGUUCCUCGUGGACGUGAUGGUGUUGAUGCUCUAUUCGGACUGUAUCGGAGGGUCCGGAUGGGGUUGCUCGGAGAGCGGCAAGCAGCAAUCAUUGACGGAGGAGAGUGUGCCGCAUCCGAAGGCGUUGAAGGACGAGCAACAGGUCCAGCCCACUAGUCAACUAGGCAAGAAACACUACAAGCAGAGCGAGCUGCAUCUUUGGAGGCCGGCGAAGAUGGUGCGCGAGAGCAAAGGUAACCCCGGCGAGUUGGGCGCAGCCGUACAUAUUUCGCCGGAGGACGAGGCCAGGCAACAGGAACUGUUCAAAUUGAAUCAGUUCAAUCUGAUGGCCAGCGACAUGAUCUCCUUGAAUCGGUCCCUGAAGGACAUCAGACUGGAGGGAUGCAAGACGAAAAAGUACAGCAAGUAUCUGCCGGACACUAGCAUCGUCAUUGUGUUCCAUAACGAAGCGUGGAGCACCUUGCUGAGGACCGUCUGGUCGGUUAUAAACCGCUCACCACGGACACUGCUCAAGGAGAUCAUUCUUGUGGAUGACAAGAGCGAACAAGCUCACUUGAAACACGAGCUGGAGGACUAUGUAAAAACGCUGCCUGUGCCCACGUACGUGUACCGUACCGAGAAGAGAUCAGGCCUAAUAAGAGCUAGAUUGCUCGGGGCGAAGCACGUCAAGGGGCAAGUUAUAACAUUCUUGGACGCGCACUGCGAGUGCACGGAAGGCUGGCUGGAACCAUUGCUCGCCAGGAUCGCUGAGGAGAGAACGACCGUUGUCUGUCCCAUCAUUGAUGUGAUUAGCGACGAUACCUUUGAAUACAUUCCGGCUAGCGACAUGACGUGGGGUGGUUUCAAUUGGAAACUGAACUUUAGGUGGUACAGAGUAGCGCAAAGAGAAAUGGACAGAAGAUUGGGAGACAGAACGGCUCCUCUAAGAACACCGACCAUGGCUGGCGGAUUGUUUUCCAUCGAUAAGGAUUACUUUUACGAAUUGGGCGCGUACGACGAAGGCAUGGACAUUUGGGGAGGUGAAAACCUUGAAAUGAGUUUCCGAGUAUGGCAAUGCGGUGGGACAUUAGAAAUCAGUCCGUGUUCACACGUUGGACAUGUAUUCCGAGACAAGAGUCCAUAUACAUUCCCUGGUGGUGUCAGCAAAGUAGUACUACACAAUGCGGCUAGGGUGGCCGAAGUCUGGAUGGAUGAGUGGAGAGAUUUUUACUAUGCCAUGAACCCAGGAGCUCGAAACGUGGCUGUCGGAGAUGUAUCGGAACGUGUCAAGUUGAGGGAACAGUUGAAGUGUAAAAGCUUCAGAUGGUAUUUGGAAAACAUAUACCCUGAAUCGCCGAUGCCUCUGGACUAUUACUAUUUGGGCGAUGUACAAAAUGUCGACACGCAAACUUGUUUGGACACAAUGGGCAGGAGAACAGGAGAGAAUGUUGGGAUUAGUUAUUGUCAUGGAUUAGGUGGUAAUCAGGUAUUUGCAUAUACCAAACGACAGCAAAUUAUGUCUGAUGAUAUGUGCCUUGAUGCAGCUAGUCCCCAAGGUCCAGUCAAGAUAGUACGUUGCCAUGGUAUGGGUGGAAAUCAAGCAUGGGUUUAUAAUGAAGAGACAAAAAUGAUCAAACACACUAAUACAGGACAUUGCCUGUCGAAACCUCGUUCGAACGAUGUAAUGCAACCUGUCCUAGCACCAUGUGAUUCCCAUAACAUUGGUCAGAAAUGGAAAAUGCGUAGUAAAUUCAAAUGGCAGGCCAGCUAAUAUCGACUGAGUGUAACAACUACGUGUAGCACUUGUUGACAUAUUUAAUUUACUAUGGAGAUUUGACAGUGAAAAGACUUCUCUACGUGCGAGAUCAAAAUCGAUGAUAGUAUUAUACCCCAGAAAGUCCCAAUAUCACCUUUAGACAAAUCCACCCUGACUUCGAUCAGUGGAUAUCGAUCUUGCAACUGAAAUUCAGUUAUAUCUAAAAACGAGAGAUUGAAGUUAAUGCUUUUAGUUACAUAGGAUUUAUUUACUGUUAAUCGCAGUAUCAUGUAUUUACUGCCAUUUGUCAUGGUAUGCCUUGAUUGAAAAUGCACAAGAACGUCUAAGUGGAAAAGGAAAUUAUGUCCGAACAGUGCGCGGAUGUACACGAGUGAUACAAAAUGGUACGGAUGUGGACAUUUCUUUUCAGCGAACAGUAGAGAGGAAAGCAUAUCAGACCACUGUUAUAAAUAAAUGAUUGUUGAUACAAAAGAGAGACAUAUUUGAUAAUAUGGGAUGAGUGCAAUGCUGGAUGACUGGGAGAUAUAUCAGUGCACUAAAAGACACAGAUAUGUGUUCGUGGCAUAAAUGUUGUUACGACUGAGUGAAUGUUGGGGGAAUGCAAGUGGAAUUAUUGUGACACUACUGACUACGA